AUGGACUCCAGAGAUGUGGCCAUGGGACUGAUGUUCUUAUCACAGACUGCUGUUGGAAUUCUGGGAAAUUUAUCUCUGCUUUAUUAUCAUUCAGUCCAUUUCUGCAAUGAGCACAAUUUAAGGUCCACAGAUUUGAUUCUCAGGCACUUGAUUAUAGCAAAUUCCUUGGUCAUUCUCUCUAAAGGAAUCCCUCAGGCAAUGACAACGCUUGGGCUGAAACAUUACUUUAAUGACUUAGGAUGCAAACUUCUUUUGUAUAUUCAGAGACUGGGCAGGAGUAUGUCCAUUGCCAUCACCUGCCUCUUGAGCAUCUUCCAGAACAUCACCAUCAGCCCCDUGAACUCCUGUUGGAAGGAUCUCAAAGGAAAAGCUCCAAAGUACAUUGGCUUCUCCAUUUCCCUCUGCUGGAUCCUGUACAUGGUGGUGAAUUCCAUUUUUCCUCUCUAUGUGUUUAGCAAAUGGAAUAGCAAAAAUGUGACAGAGAAAAGAGAUUAUGUUUACUGCUCUAUUGCAGGGCACGACAAAAUCACAGACUCAUUAUACACCACACUGUUUGUAUUUCCUGAGGUUGUCUUUUCCAUGCUCAUGAUCUGGUCCAGUGGCUCCAUGGUUCUCCUUCUGUACAGGCACAARCAGAGGGUUCRGCACAUUCACAGCAUCAAAGUUUCCCCCAGAUCCUGCCCUGAGUCCAGAGCCACCCAGAGAAUCCUUGUCCUGGUGGGCACCUUUGUGAUUUUCCACACUCUUUCCUCCUUAUUAAAUGUUUGUGUUACAAUGAUCUUUAAUCCCAGUUGGUGGUUGGUGAACACUAAUGCACUGCUCUCCAUGUGUUUUCCCACUGUGAGCCCCUUUCUUCUCAUGAGCUGUGAGACCAUUCUAUCCAGGCACUGCUUCUAA